AAGAACGAACAAUUCUUGACCCUUUUUUUCCUUUUUCGCGUUUUUCAGGUUCGUUGUCUCUGAGGAUCGUUUCCGUCGAGGCGGAGAAAAAAGGCGCAACAUGACGUCUGCCGAAUGGGGAGGGAUGUAACAAUGCAACCCAAAGGCCCACGGGAGGUCUCGCGAUGCACUGCGUACCAAAAACACCCAGCAGAAACAAAUAGCGAGUAACGAUUUGUCAAUUGUUCUGGUAAACAUUGCAAUUAUAUCUUCGACCGGAUGGUCAGUGACCAUUUGCAGGCGGCAUUCACAACACACUAGCGGAUUCUAUGUGAAGGGUUCCUGUUUCAACUGUCGAACGGAUUCCGGAACAUGUGAAAAAAGUGGAUGUGUUAAGUGUGUUCCGAUAUAUUCCCCUUUCGCGCUGUGCAGCAUGAAUUAACACCUGCAUCGCGGCGAAAGUAUGAAUGACAGAGUGCACCACGGUUGUUAAAUGUCAUGCACAUGGACGACGAAUGUUUGAUGACGUCAAGCAACGAAAUCCCACAUUUGCAAUGGAAUAGUCGAAUUAGAAGUGUAUUAAUUGAAAGUGAAAUUUCCACCAAAAAAGGAUACUAAAUUAAAACAGUGUUAAAGUGUGAGCAGCAACCUGUAACGAGUGAAUGUAGUGCACGCACAUACUCAUCGGUGCAUAUUCGAGAAGUUUGUUGAUAAGGCACUGAUAAGGCGUUCGCAGGUAUAACGAGUGUGCUUUCGAAAAGGUGAAGGUAUAACGAAAGGGUGAAAGAAAAUUAAAAAUAGGAAAGAAAACAUCUCGCGCCAAAAUGUGUGCAGCGCAGACAAAUGCUCCGGCCAGCUUUAACUAUGCGUGGGGCUUUCAGGAGAACCAGCGAGCCGAUUCGGUGGUGGAGAUUAGUCCAAACAUAAACUACACUGUCGGCGAUGGAACAACAACGAUGCCAUACUUGCAGCUUCCGGACGGGGCUAGCAUUUUGCUGAAGGACGGCAAAGGUGCUAUCUCGCACGCCGGCGGUAAAGGUGUCCGACGUAUGAUCCUCGUAAACGAUACAUCCGCCCUACCACAAGGAACGCAACGGAUAAUUACCACCGGUGGUACAGCAACAGCCGUCCCCACAGGCCAUGUGAAGAAACACGAAGUUAUAACAAAUGGGCAGAUUGACUCGAAGACGAAGACCAUCCUCACGACAAGUGGUGCCAGUGCAUUCAUGUCCCCGAUCGGGCCGAUCCAGCUAACGGCAGAGGAAUGCAACGAUAUACUGAUGAAGCGGGCGGCCGCUGCAGUUGCUGCCAACAAUCAGCAUGCCAUUACCAACAACAACGAUGGUCAGCAUACCUCGAUUUCAGUGCAGGUGCAGAAAGUGAUUCAAGGUUUGGAGGAGGGUGAUGAUUCCCAGGCCACUACAUCGAAUCAUCAAAUGAAGAUCGAACCAACACUAAGCAUUUCUCCCAAGCUGGAAGCAGUCGAAAUGGAUUAUAAUGAAUACGUUCAGCAGGAAGCCACUACACCGACACCGAAUGUGGUCCCGAAGGAGCGUCCUUACUCGUGCGACCAGUGUGGAAAAUCUUUCCUGCUGAAGCAUCAUCUAACUACCCAUGCAAGGGUUCACACCGGCGAACGUCCUCAUGUGUGCGUCCACUGCGGUAAAGACUUUGCCCAUAAGCACUGUCUCAACACACAUCUGCUGUUGCACUCGACGGAGCGUCCGUAUCAAUGCCAGGAGUGUAAGAAGAGUUUCACGCUGAAGCAUCAUCUGUUGACACAUUCACGGGUGCACUCGCGCGAACGGCCCUUUGUGUGUGACCAGUGUGGCCGAUCGUUCCCGCUGAAACGUCACUUAGUAACGCACAGCAAGUUCCAUGCGGGCGAGCGUCCCUACGUGUGUGCAGACUGUGGUGAAAGCUUUGCGCAGGACGAACAUCUGGUAAUGCACUCACGAUUCCACGGUUCAGUUAAUCCGUUCCAUUGUCGCGACUGUGGUGCUACCUUCCCGCGCAAGUUUCAGCUGGUAAAUCAUGGCAAGAUACACGGACGUGUACCCCACUCUUGCACACUUUGCGGCAAAGAGUUCUUGCAAAAGCGUACCCUAGCUGCCCACAUGAGAAUUCAUACCGGUGAUCAGCCAUUCCCGUGCAUUGCUUGCGGUGAAGGAUUCCGCACCAAAUCGGAGCUGAAUGCGCACAACCGUCACACGCACAGUGGUGUCAAUCCCAACGCGUCCAACACCACCAUAAUUACAAACAACUCCGUUGUCACAUCGAACGCGCAGCAACAACAGGCUCAGGCACAAAGUCAACAGCAGCAGCAGCAACAGCAUCAACAACAGCACAUCGAUGUGAAACAGAUCCAGCACUAUCAAGGCCAACAGCAGCAGGUACAGGACGUCGCAAAUGGUAACAUCAUCACGACGAUCGCUGCCACCGGUCAAGGAUCGCCCGAAACAUCGCCAAAGCCACAGUACGCCUGCCGCGAGUGUGGCAGUGCGUUCAAUAGCCGGGAAGC